UUUGAAUGAGGACUUAUUCAAACGGAUGCCAAUAUUUGCAACCAUGGGCUUUCUGUAUCUUGCAUUUACCAGUCUACUGGUUUUCGCUGUUUGUGACUGCCGUUCUUUGUUGCGCCCUCGGAUUAUAUCUCGCUCUGAAUGGGGGGCUCGAUCCCCGACGUCUACCACCAACCUGAAUACUAAUCUCCCAUACGCUGUGGUCCAUCACACUGCUACUAGCUCAUGUACUACCGAGUUCUCCUGCAAGUCACGAGUUCGAGCAAUCCAGAAUUAUCACAUGAAUAACAAGGGCUGGAGUGACAUCGGUUACAAUUUCCUCAUUGGCGGUGAUGGGAACAUAUAUGAAGGACGCGGUCUGAAUAAAAUGGGAGCACAUGCCUCUGGAUACAACUCACAAUCCUUAGGUGUCGCCGUGAUCGGUGAUUUUGGUGCCAGAGCCCCGGGACAAAUCCAGCGAGAUGCGAUGGAUUAUUUGUUCUCCUAUGCUGUGGGAAGAUACGCCUUAGAUCCGAGAUAUACCCUAUAUGGGCAUCGUGAUGUGAGCACUACCGCUUGUCCAGGCACUGCUUUCUACAACAGACUGGAAGAAAAUGAGCACUUCACGGAGAUCACUAGCUCAGUUGAUGAACCCUUGAUGGCUUUUAACCGUUACCCAUGGCGUGGCAUUUAUCCAGGAUAAAGCGAGUGAUGAGAACGUUCAAACAAAUUGAGUCAUACUUAAAGUGAAACAUAAAAUUCUUAAAGAGUAUUAUUUCUACCUAAUAAGCCAACAUUCCAACUAUAAAGCUUGGAUCGAAGCCGCGAGGCAGUUUACGUUAUUCCAUAAAUACUAGGUCGGUUUAAAAAGAGAAGAGAAAACAAUCUUAGGAUGAUGAUGCUCAGUCUGAUAUGGGUGAACGAUAUAAUGGAACAAUGAGAACAACAUAGGUAGUACACAGUUAGAAUUAACAAUUUUGAAAUUACUGUUGAAUGGCAUUACAAAAAUUAAAUGUAAUAUAUCAAACCACCAAGGAGAGGAACUUUAAUACUUUCUUUAAUCAACUAUACGAAAACAAUAUUGGUACGCUUUUUCUUCAGACACAUAAGUGUCAUUUUCCCUGCUGAUAAGUGUCCCCUUUUUUUCUUUAUCAAUAACAUGUGCCCCUAAUCUGCAGCGAUUAAGAGCAAAUUUUUCUUUAAUUUCCCCAAUAGUUCGCUUCAUAUAGUUAUAGUUAUAGCUUUAUAUGUUACUUUUAUGAAAAGAUUGUGCUUAAAAACCUAUCAUAAUUUGUUUGGGGUCUUUAUAAGAUGUAAUUUUCGCAUUGCGAUAUCAAACAUCUUAACAUGUUUGCUCGUUUGCUUCGCUCCUCGCAAUAUAAUAUUUAAACCAUCACACCGAUCUAAAAGUAUGUUACUUAAGCAGUAUCUUGGACCGUUUAAAGAGAGAAAAUAUAUUGACUCAUCAUCAAUGGUAAUGUAAUCA